CGCAAAGCCUUGGGGCUAAUGGCGAAGCAUUAUAUAAGCGGCUGUGAGGUGAGCUUGAGACUACGAGUGAGGCUUGCCAUCCAGCAGCUGGUAGACAUCAUCUCAUACAAGAUCUAAGAUGAAGGCUGUCGUCGUCGUUGCUCUGUGUGUCCUCGUGGCUGUCAGUGAAGCUGGUUUUAUUUCCCCAGGCUACGGCUUUGGUGGAUACGGCUACGGCAUUGGUGGCAUUGGUGGCUUUGGAGGUCUUGGUGGUCUGGGUGGUCUGGGCGGCUUUGGCGGUCUGUACGGUGUCAAAGGAAUUGGCAUCGGAGGCUUAGGUGGCAUCGGCCUCGGCGGCAUUGGCAUCGGUGGCAUCGGCCUUGGCGGCAUUGGCGGCAUCGGUGGCAUCGGCCUUGGCGGCCUUGGCGGCAUCGGUGGCCUCGGCCUCGGUGGUAUCGGAGGAGGUUUCUACAGAGGAUUCCCGUACUACAAGAAAUACGUCUACUAAGAAAUGAAGACUUGAAGUCGCUGACGUGCAGUAGAGGAGUUUACCAAUUUGAAAUCAUAACAACAGCAAAUUCGAGGCUAUGUACACAGCCUUAAAGCAAUAAAUAUUUGAAGCAACGAUUGAACGUGUCAUA